AAUCCAUCAAGAUGUCUGAAUUUAAUCAUGCAUGACGAUGCAGCUGAAGUAAAUGAGUGGUUAGACAGUGGUUGAUCUCAGCACUGUGGUGUUGUGCUGCAGAUGGAUGCAAGUGAGAAUGAAGAGAUGGGCUCCAUUUUCCUGAAGCUCCUAGAAGACCAUCCAGACCCUCCCCUAUUUUGUCUCCAUCGUGCCCUACAUGGCUCCUCUCACACGUGUAUGCAUCAUGACUCUCCACCCAAGAGUGUUCCCAUCCCCUGCACACCGCUACAGCUCAGGAAGGUGACGAGUCUUCAGACGCUUGAGCUGGACUCCGACACUAGUAGUGCCGGUGGGUGGUCCUUCUCAAUGGCCACGCCACUCAAUCACUCAACACUCAAGGGGAAACCCCUGCUCGUUAGCAGUCUCCUAUCAACAACCAGUGAAAUAACCACCACUGAGGAGGAGUGCACUGAUGGGUCUGUGAGCGAGGGCAGUAGCACAAAGGAAGAGAAACUGACAAGGAAGAGAUUCUUAAAUAACAAAAACAAGCCUGUGAUUCGAACAUUAUUUCCUCGACUAACCACCCCAUCAACUGAAAGUCCCUGCUCCUCACCCACACUCGGAUCAGUUGGACCCAGUCGUAUGCUCACCUCUGCUAAUAAUCACAUGACCACCUCCCCGAAAGCAGACUCAACUGUAGCUACUGUCUCACUCUUUGAAAGCCCUCUCAAGGAACAAGCAGAACAAGAGGAGGCAUGCAGCCAGGAACUAUUCGACAGUCCUGAAAUAUUCACCCCCAACUUACCAGCCCCUGCUAAUCAAUCACCUAUUGAACUCGAUCAAUGUAUGGAGCAAUCAGUCUGGAACAAGAGGGUAACAUCUUCGGAAAUGCUUUUAAUGACACCAGCAGCUCUCUCACAGCCUCCAGUCCACAGUACUCCACUCCACCCUCAUACACCAGCUGGUCCCCCCUUGUCCACUACCCCUCUGGCCCCUGCAACAAUCGUGUGUGAGGCAGCCACUCCUCUGAUGGCGUCAACGGUGGCCACACCCACAGUAGGAGAUGAAGAUGUAUUCGAUGUAUUAUUUAUGAGUAGGAGUCAAUUGGAGUCGAGAUUUUGUACCAAAAACAAUAACUAUCAAAAACGUUGUGAUACUCAAGUGGAAGAGUUCUGUCACCGAGACAAUAUGGAGGCAGAUAAAUCUCAGCCAAAUGAGGAGAAAAUUACUAGAACGCCUGACGCCAAGACAAUCAGUCGCCAAUCACCUACCCCUGAGAUGAAACAGCCUGCGACUAAACGAAAGAGAUUAACAACUAAAGCAUUUUCUUAUCCUAGUAAGCAGCAGUUCAACAAGCCAGUGCGUAAACGAAUUCGAUUCAAACAGUCCAAACGAGAAGCCAGUGUCCCCAUCAAUACUCCACCUGCAGUCAAUGCUGAAUCUUUGUCCCCACUUUUAAAGAGAGCUCGUGUUGAAAGCACAUUUGAAGAAAGGAGAGAGGAGAGAAAUGACUCUUUGCCCCCGUCCCCCCGUGGUAGUAGUAACACCAAAGAAAACUAUGUUUCUGAAGUGGAUGCAAUGGAACCAACUGUUCUAUCUGUGGAUGAAUCUGUUGUGAAUGACGAGAAAGAUUGUAUCACGUCUCAGACUGAAACAAAAACACAAGAAGCACAACAACACUCUGUAUCUCAAGAGGAACAAAUGCUUGUAGGUGAACAAGAUGUGAGAUUUGAUAAACAAGCAAAAGUUACUGUUUCGUCUACAAAGCAAGAUACAAUAAUGGAUAUUAAUGAUGAUUGUGUCAAACCACUCCCUCCUAUGGAGCCCGUCUUUGCUGUGCAAGAAACACCUCCUGCUAAAGCUCAACAGUUUGAUUCUGCAAUGCCACAGUCUCUCUCCAAGCCAUCACUAACAAAGGUGUCUGGUAUGCGACGAUCCUUUGCUGGCAGUGUACACACAAUAAAGGAUUCUAAUGAGCCUCCUGAGAUGUCAACAGCACCUGAUACAAGAUUUGUUGGCUUCAAGACAGCCUCUGGUGGGUUGAUAGCCAUAUCAGCAACAGCUCUGGACAAAGCCAAGCAAUUGAUUGGUGAAGAGCUUGAAUAUGAACAGUCUCCAGCAGAUGAUAAAAAAGUCAUAAGCACUCCAUUGGCCAACACUUUAACGACAAUUUCAAAUACAUCGAUCAAGAAUGCUAAUAAAUUUACAACCCCUUCACUUAUUAAAACGUCGUCAUUGACUACUAGUAAUCAGUUUCAAACUCCCUCUACUUCAAAACCAACCAAGCCUAAACCCAAACUUUUCAAAGCUCCUCGCUCAGCUGCCAGUGUCUCGAAAGCCGAGGAACAAGCUUCUCUCUCUCGGAUACUCAAGAAAUUCGGUGUCAAGCCAAUUUCAAACUCUACCCCCAACGUCAAAACAAAGGAGCAAAAGGUGGAGACAGGAUUCAGCACAGCCAGUGGAUCGAAGCUCUCAACCUCUCACACCUCUUUGAUGAAAGCAAGAAGGCUUUUGGCUAGUGACAAAGAGAAUGGAAUUGAAUCACCAGACAUAACUUCAGUAUCUGGAACGGAAGAAAGAUCAAUAGGAACAAGAUUCGAAACUGUUUCUACCAAGAUCUUGGGUGUACGAGAGAUGACUGGGUUCCAGACAGCAGCUGGUAAAGGACUCACUGUUCCUGUGGACUUGUUGGAGAAUGCUAAAUCUGAAGAGACACACUCGCCACUUCCCCACACAUCACGUUCUUCGUCAGAACAAUUCUCUGCUGUCGGUUUCCAAACUGCGUCUGGUAAAGGCAUUAAAGUGAGCUCAGCUGCAAUAGCGAGGGCCAAGUCAAUCAUUAACAGCAGCGAAGAUAAUGUUAGUGACAAAUUAGACACGCCUGCUCCGAUCAUUGCCAUGGAAACUGGAUUCAAAACAGGCGGAGGAUCAGCAAUAUCCGUGAGAAGAGACUCUUUGCAAAAAGCAAAGCAAAUACUUAGUGAGGAAAAGGACCCAUGUGAGAUCGACACUAAAGAGACUGACUACACCAGCUGCCUCUCAGCACUAGAGGUGGAGCAUCUGUACUGUUUCACUCAAAUUGAUUCCAAGAAGCCCCCUCGUUUGGCGGCCACUGCACCUGAAGGAGACCCCCCAGUGCUGGUUAAGUCAGAGGAUGAGAACGAUGAAGAUUGUGAUGAAGCUGAUGUAAUGGAUGUGUCUACUGGCUGCUACUUUAACACUCAGGUGGUCAAACAGUUUUUGGACUUCUCUGUGGACGAGGGCAGUUUUGUCAAUGAAGACCCUCCAAAGCGAGACACCUCCCCUAAACGUGAUUCCUCGGCCGACCCUCUGCUACCUGAAACACCUGAUGCUGUAAAGAGGCUUGUGGGCAUUAGCCAGGCAAAAUCUGAAUCACAGGAGAAGGAACCUGUUUUCGAUCCACAAUCUCCAGACGCCAACUUGAGUAUCGGAAUCCGAUUAUCUGAUCUGGAAGCUACUUUCUCGUCCGAUCACCCCUCUAAACUAGACCUGAGCAGCCUAUCAACCGUGAGGGAUGAGUUUACAAAGAGUAUGAUUGAUAAUAUGGACUCCUCUGUACUGUCACAAGCUGACAACAAAGAAGAAAGCUCACCAAAGAUAGAGGAGGUAAACAUACCACCUCAAGAAUCCUCAGCUACUACCACUGAGCAUGCUGAAUUGGAAUCCAAUAGCCCAAGCUCCUCCUACCCACCAUUGCCUGAGGGGCCUAACAACACUGAGGACAUGGACACCACUCUGUAUGUGCAAGAGUCUCAACAGCCGACUGUCCCUGUGGAAAUGAGCGAGUGUGGUAAUGACAGGGACUCCCCCAUUGAUGAACCUGCCCAUGAAGGAGCUGAUAACCAGACUUUGUGUGUGAACAGCAUUACUACUAAUCAAGGGUUUGAUGAUGUUGAUAUCGAAAAUCUUACUAAUAGACCAGAGGUCAAGGUUCAGACACCCUCUCCAAAAGUCAUGCAAACUGAAGAGAGCGUACCCGACACACCUCCUGGAGGGAGCACAUCAAAGAUGACAGGGUUCACUGGAUUCAUGACUGCUGGCGGGAGGAAGGUGGACGUGUCACAACAAGCAUUGGAAGCUGUUCGCCUUAAAUUUUCUAACUUUGACAAAGAAAUCACAGAGCAGACUCCAGUCUCUGAGAAUAUCCCAGUAAAUAAGCUGAAAAGUGAUUUCAAAGAGAGAAGUUUUCCAGGCCUUCAAACAGCUAGUGGGAAAAAGGUUGAAGUAUCUAAAGAAUCUCUCCAAGCGGCUAAAAGAACAUUAGGCGGAGAAACAAACUCACAAAUUCAAUGGCCGGUAGGAUUGCAAACAGCAAGUGGCAAACAAAUUGAGAUGUCAGAAAAUUCACUCCAAGCAGCAAGAAACACUCUGCAAUCUAGUUUCGGUGGUCUUCAAACAGCCAGUGGUAAAAAAGUGACUCUUUCCGAAGAAUCUAUUCGAGCUGCCAAAGCAACACUCGACUGUGCCACAUCACAACAGUGCACUAUAAGAUCAAGUACCUCUUUCCCUGGUCUCCAAACAGCCAGUGGUCAGAAUGUGGACAUCUCUACAGAGCAUUUGCAAGCAGCCAAAGCUACACUAGACCGUGACCAUCCUGUCUCGAAUAAGUUGUCAACUCAGCCUCUAAAGAACAUGACACUAAAGACGUCGUUAGUCGAUGUGCCCAGUACUUCUACUUUCCAACCUCCUCUCAAGAAUGUGAGAAGUGUUGGACAGUCGUCUGCUGAUACCACACCCACUACCAAGUAUAAGCCCAUAUUCAAGAGUGGUGAGCAGAGUGUUGCCAGGAAGCCUGCCACGUUCGGUCAACCUCAGAGGAGAUUGGGGUCAUCAAAGAGAGGUAUCGUCUCAACACCAGAAGGUUCCAUACAAGAUCGUCACCCCACACACUGUCACAGACCCCUCGUCCCCACACAGACCUACCUUAAAGAGGACGGCUCUUACUUCAUCUCCUCACACCAGCAGCGUCUCUACACCACCCCCCAUCGAACAAGACACCAACUCUCAGACCCCACCCAUCAUCAUCGGGACGGUGACGGUCGAACUAGAUCCGAUUCUGGUAUUGUUUCGAGAACAAGCAACGUGACAACCACUCCCCUGGGCUCUGGAAGGUCUAAGAAUGUUGUUCAGCCAGUAUGGAAGGGCUCCAUCGGUGCUCAGAAGUCAAAAAGCGCUCAAAGGAUUCAAACAGGAGAAACUGUGGCUCAACCGAAAUCAAAUGAUGGUCCCAAGUUUAUGGAAAAUCAAAAAGAACGGUUAUUAAAGCCUGCUUCUAUUGGUACUUCAAUAGUACACACACCCACUACUUUGCCAGAUUACCAGUCUUCUAAACCUGAUGAUGACCCCACCCUGGACUCUCUACACAUCACCUUGAGCCAAGUGUUUGCCAUGGAGGAAUCUCAACAGCUGCUACUGGACGAGGGGACAAAGGUCACCUCUGAAGGGGGCAAUAAAAAAGAGGAUUCUGGCUACAUCAGUCGGGAGGUUUCGUCAAUGAGAUCACCCACUCCUGAAGAUGGCAAGACGUUGGCAAAAGAGACGGCUGGAGAGAAUGGUAAUGGUAUUUUGACAGCUGAAGUUGCUCACGACUUACUCAACGACAGUUUGGAGAUGGAUUGUAACGACAUCACUAUACACGAGUCUACUAGUAAGAAAGAACAAGAAACUGAAAAAGUAACUCCCAAUCGACAAGAGGAAACACUAACCCACACUCCCCCCACCUCGACGAGACCUAUGUCUGGGACUCUCCUCUCAGUAAGAUCAGAAUACAAACGUAUUAGUCUACGGUCUGCCAUCCACCAUAGACCACCGGGUAGACACUCUGUGCGUGAGCUUCUCUCUCUGGGAAUCCACAGUAGCACUGUUUCUGUUUCAUUCGCAAGUGCACUUCAGUAUCAAUUCCAAGGCAAUCGAUUCUUCAGCAACUCUGUGUUACGUGGAUCCACUGUAUGUGUGGGAGAUGGAGUGCAACUGGCUUUGAAUCGAGGAGUGGUCGGAUUGAACGAAUUCUGGGACGGUUUUCGGCGAUCGCCUGGUGUGGACGAGUGUCUAAUAAGCUUCGAAUGGUUCUCCUGUCACUAUAAACAGCUUGUGUGGAAGUUGGCAGCAAUGGAAGUAUCCUAUCCCCGUCUGUUUGCUGGGUGGUGCUUGACUCCUGACUGGUUGUUGUUGCAACUCAAGUAUCGGUAUGAUCGAGAGAUUGAUCAGGCUGAGAGGUGUGCUCUUCGCAAGAUCUGUGAGCACGAUGAUCUGGCUUCUCGGAGAAUGGUUCUUUGUAUUGCAAGUAUCAACCACGAGGGGAUUGAGCAGUCACUAGCCGACAAUGGACAUGGGAAUGGAAAUGGAGAGACUAAGCAUGGCCAUUCUUGUAUUGAUCUAACUGAUGGUUGGUAUACGUUGCCCUGCAUUAUCGAUCGCCCACUGAAGCACAUGAUUAAGAAUCGCAAAAUUUCGAUAGGUACAAAACUACUCAUAUUUGGAGCUGAACUGACUGGCCUCAAUUCUCCCUGCCACCCCCUCGAAGUGCCGCAAUCAUGUUCUCUCAAGAUCUCCACCAACUCGACUCGUCGUGCCCGUUGGUACGCUAAACUGGGAUAUCAGGCCACGCCCCAUUCGUACCCCAUCCCCCUCUCAGCUGUGUACCCCGACGGAGGGUUAGUGGGAUGUACAGAAGUGGUGAUCAGCAGGGUCUACCCACUGUUGUUCUUUGAGAAGAGAGAGGGAGCCAAGGGUGUGUUCAGAAGCGAGAGACAGGAGAGGAAAAUGGCUGGUAGUUUUGAAAAGAAGAGACAGAGAAGGAUUGAAGAGAUCUGCUCUCGAGUGCAAACAAAGUUUGAAAUUGAAAUAUCCAAGGAAGACACAGGGAGUGGUGGUCGUCGGAGGUCACGGCGACUCAACACUCUACAGAUAAAGCAGCUGCAAGAUGGAGAGGAGAUUCACACUGCACUCACUAAUGCUCCUGACCCAGCGGCCUUUCAAGAACUGCUGAGCACCACUCAGCGAACCUUGUUGGAAAGCUACCAUCAGAGUCUAGUGGAGAGACGACAGGGCCAGCUCCAGGAGAGGAUCAGACAAGCCAUACAAGAGGCCGAGGAACAGUUGCCACAGCAACGCUCGGUCACGCCCCUCUUGAAAGUUAGGGUGGUGCCGUGUGGGGGGUAUGAGAGGGUGGAUUGCGUGUUAUCAGUGUGGAGACCUGAUGAGAGUCUGUAUGGUGUUCUCAAAGAGGGGAGUGCCGUCAGAAUCACCAACCUCAAUACACUCGCACUAAGAUCAAAAUUCCACCAUCUCCAACUCACUGCCACAAGGUCCACUGUCUAUCGACCUUUGCCCUCUGCGAGCCCUCAGGCACUGGCUUUGUACACCCCACGAAGGUGUUGUUCUAUCUCAUACCUUCACAAGGAGGGCAGCGAUUGCCAACUACCACAUGGAGAGCUGGACAUUGUGGGUGUCGUUGCUUGUAUUACCUCUGGUCAUGUGAUGUCACAUGGCUUGGAGGAGGGUGCUAAACAACAACUGGACAGUGUGUUUCUUGCCGACAGUGAGAGGAGGUUGUUGCUCGUUAAAAUUUGGGAUGGUUUAGAGGCCCACUUCCUCCAAGAUGUCAUUCAGCCCGGAGCACUCCUAGCAGUGACCAACUUGACCUACCGAGGGCUGGACCACACCCACAACGUUCCCACAGUAACAGUGAGGGACAUGACCGUGUUCUCCCACCGCCCCACUGACCAACACCUCUGCACGGCAAUGGACCAACUGAGAGCAGCCUUACCAGAAGACAUGACAGACUAUUUGAAAACUCUCCAAAUACCAUUGGACUUUUGAAUUUGAACAUUUGUUUUUCAUUUUUAAUGCACCAUCCAUCCUAUCAUAUCAUAUUAUAUUCACAUGUUGUGUUCAAAUCAAUCAUUUUCAUCAUCAAUUCUGUUGAGCAUAAUAAUUUAUAAUUAUUAA